UCAUUCAACUCCUAUAUUCCAUUUACGGUCACACAACGAAAUGGAGGAAAGGAGUCUAAAAAAUAAAGUAGUGGUAAUAACUGGAGGUGCUACGGGCAUCGGUCUACAAAUAGCUGACAACUACCUCAAACAUGGUGCAAAACUGGUCAUCUUACUCGAUAUCAACGAGAAACAUGGAGCAGACGCCGUCAAAACCCUGACAACCAAACACGGGAGCAACAAAGCGGUCUUCAUAAAGUGUGACGUCACGACAGACCUGGAUACCGUCUCUAAGAAGAUUCUCGACACGUACACAACCGUGGACAUUCUGGUGAACAAUGCAGGUAUACUAGACGAGCAGGCUUGGAAGAAAUGCAUAGACAUAAACGUGACAUACCUCAUCGGUUGGGCCAUGAAGUUUUGGGACCACAUGCGAAAGGACAAUGGAGGGAAAGGAGGCACUAUUGUCAACCUGGCCUCCAUAUACGGCUACCGUGUGGAGCCCUACCUCCCCGUGUAUCAGGCGUCAAAGUUCGCAGUUCUCGGCUUCACCAGGUCUCUUGGCCACAGAGACAACUACAAGAAGACAGGAGUGAGGGUCGUGGCCAUCUGUCCAGGAUUCACGGAGACCAAUCUGACUGUUUCGCCGAAAACUUGGGAUGAUGUGUUCUUUUCGGUGGACUUUACCAAGUAUUUGAACGCGCAGGCUUGGCAGAAGGUGGAGGCGGUGGGUAAGGCUGCAGCUGAUGUUUUUGAAACUGCGGAAAGCGGCAGUGCUUGGCUGAUUGAAGGAGGAAGGCCGAUUGUUGAAGUUGUUAAUUGAUGUAUGUUGUAUUUGUUUGUAAUGUAGUUUUCCUCAAUUAAAUCCAUGUGGUUUAACGUUGGAAUAGC